AUGUUUGUCUGUGACUUUUCUGCUGGUCUUCUUGAGCUUGAGAGAUUACGAAGGGCUGGCAAGCUUGAGAAAGUUGUUUUCUCUGAUGUUUUUUCUGGAAUACGCUACGUCAAGACAACAGUUUGCAAGUACAAGAACAUCUGGAAUGAGGCCAACAGCAACAUCAAGAACACUUACAUCAAUCGUGGACGAGUAGACAAAGCCCACUUUUACCUGUUUCUCCAGGAUCUCUGCUCAGGCCUAUCUUGGGCUGCUGCUACCUUAAGUGUGGAUAUCACUUCUGAUAAGCUCCUGGAUGGUACCAAUGCUGAAAUACCCAGCAUUGGUGAUAAUGUUGAAGUUGCAGCUCACGUCCCACAUGAAGAUAGCACAUCGCGCUUGCUGUUGCCAGGCUGUGCAAGUGAUUCUAGUUCUGAUGAUGGGCUAUGCAUUGUUCCUCCGGAUCCUCCCCAUAUCUGGCGUGCUCAAUCCACACUCUGCCCAUUCUGUGACCAACUGCUUCCCUCUCGACACUCACAAGCCCUUGACAACAUUCUCGAGUCCAUCUGGGCAAAGACAACCCCAGCUCCGACACAGAGGAACCUGAAUCAUCGGAAGGCAGCAUCAAUUGUGGUAUCAGCUCCGUUUUGCAUCCAUCAUCGCAAUGAGUCGAUCCACAUUCCUGAAGCGCUCAGUCAUAAUUGGCCCUUAGAUAUCAAUUUCAAUGGACUUUUCGAUCAUGUUCUUGAUUGGCAGGAUGCACUCAUGGCGAUCCUAGAAGAUCCUGAGGAGAGUACCGCUUUUCAGGCAGCUCGAGAUCUCUGUAUAUCUUGUGCCAAUAAUGCGAGACUCUACGAAUGGCAGAAGCAUUCCUAUGCUGGAGCAGGAUACUAUAGUGAUGAGGGCUUUCAGAUCAUUCUACUUGCCCUUUGA